UAGUGUCACUACAAACUGAUGUCACGUGUUGGAACAGUAAAAGAGGCUAAUACUAUUUUAAUCUCUUCUAAGCAGUGCUUAAAAUUAGGUUGAAUAGAUGUCAUUACCAGUACUUGUAAGGCAGAAACAGGCUCCUAAAACUGCAAGCCUUGUUCAUUGUGGUGUACUGGCAGUCAAUUUCACAUGCAGCAUUAGGCUGUCUAAUAAAUUGUACAGGUUUGGUACUCAUCUUGGUCUGUCUCCUCCUGCCUAUUUACUUCAGUAUUUUUCACAUCCCUUGUCAAGUUCAGCUCUGUCUGUGCCUUGGGUUUCUUGGAUUGACACAUGCAAUGUUCCUUUUUUCUUCCCAGGCUACACAACCCUGUUUCCACUUCCUGUACUUUUCUGCCUUUUUACACAGUUUAAGCUGCAAGUCCUUGUUCAGCCAGGCUGGUUGUUCACUGACUGUGCUUGUUUUCUUCUGUUGGUGGGUGGGAGAGCUCUUGCCGUUCCAGAAGGGCGUUCUUAAAAAGCUGUUCUCUUCUGUGCUUUCAAGGGCAGUUUGCCAGGGGAUCUCACCCAGCAAUUCCUUGAGCAGCUGGAACUUGGCUCUUGUGAAAUUCAGUGUCCUUUGCUUUUUGCCAGUUUGCAUUCCUCCAGAUCACAAAACUUCAUCAGGGUGUCGUCACUGCAGCCCGGGCUGCCUCCAAUCUUAACCUCUCUAAUGCUUUCUUCUGCAUUGGUGAGCACCUCAGGUUGGUCCAUCUAAUACCUGGACCAGGAAGUUUCCCUCAGCAGAUUCCAGUAAUCUGGAUUGUCUGCCACCCAGUGUGCUGCUAUCCCAGCAGAUAACUGGGUGGUUGAAAUUCCCCAUCAGGACAAGAGCCUGUGAGCUGUGAUACUUCUGUAGUUGGAGCAAGGCCUUGUCAAGGGGUUGCUUCUGGUGAGGUGUUCUGUAGCAGACCUGAACUACUGGAUGCUCGAUGCUCUUUACUGCACCAAUGCCUUUGGUGAGGCAUUCCUCACAUUUGCUGGUGAUGAUCUGUGCUGUGAAAAGGAAAUGUCAUCUGUUCCUUAAGUUAAUGAUAUAAACACCUUCAAAAAAAAGUUUCCCAGUUACCCAUGGUUGGUUGUGCUGUUUGUCCAAAGUUUGCAGAGCUGUUGCAAAACAGCUAGAGAAAUCAGUAAUGGUUGGGUAUCUGCAACAUGUGAGAUGUUUGGAUUCCAUGCCCGUGUAAUUUCCUCACUGCUUAAUGUCCAAAAUACUUGAAGUCCCAAGUAUCUCAGAAGUCUACAGGUGCUUAUUGUGUUAGUGGAAGAGAGGCAAGGCAAAGAUAAGAAAUGUAAAAGCAUAAAAUGCCGUGCAUUUCUGUUCUUCUCUGCCCAGCCUGGAAAUGAGACAAGACUUGGUCAGUGUGACUAUUUCUAUCUAAGUUUCAACCUUAAACAGCUUGACUAAGAUGAGAUCUUCCAUGGAAAGAGAAUGUAGUUGAAUGUGUAGGAAUGAAUAUGUUGCUAUAGUAAUGACUAUGACAUCAAAACAGGCACCGUCUUGGCUCCUCAGUCACACACUUAAAUGUGUCCAUCAGCAUUUUCAACCAUGGGUAAUACAAACUGAUCAAAAGUUGGAGAUGAUACAAAUUCUGCAACAGAAGCUUCAGCAAGUUCAUCAUUUUGGACUAACUUCUACCUGUCAAGAAAAUGCCUGGCAAAUAAACCUCCACUGCAGUAUGGCUGGUCCAAGGAGGAGGAGGUGUAUCAGAGCAGCAUUCAGUGUCUUUAGCAGCAGCAUGAAGAUAAGACGGAGGCAUGCGUUCUUUCAUACCAAGUUCUUAGAUGUUUACUGCAGUUACCCAGAAGACAGCUCACACUACUCAAACUCCAGUAUGAAUGUCACUAGUGGUAAGCGUCGCAGAGGAGUUAAACUUGUAGCAGAGCAGGACGUGUCACAGGCAGUAGCUUUGGGAGAUGCCGUCCCUUCAGAAGAUCAACAGUUUUUUCUUACACUUGGAAAGGCAGUUCUGCCAGCUAGAGAGUCCCACAGCGAUAUCUAUAUGGCACCAGAAGAUGAUUUUAGAACACCAAUGGAAACAAUUGCUGAGGAGAAAUCUGCUUUAUCAACAUUCUUGGUGGAACUGUAUGAACCGUCUCAGAAAUCUGGAGCUAGGUCAGAGGCUGUAUGGCCCCAGAGGCCUGACUGCUCCUCACCCAUGGAUAUCGAGCCAUCUGAAUCUUUGCCAUUUCUGGAGAAAUCUAUUACAGCUGCUUUGCUACCAGAGUGGGACAGCAACACGCAUGAACAAAUAGCAAAUGUUUCCAGUUCUGCCAUGUACCAGUGAAAAAAAAAAAAGAAAAACUUCAUGUCACCUAAACGAGGCAUUGCUGUAUUAAUAACCUCUGUAGUACUUUGUCUGGUCUUUAAUGCACUGUUGAAGGUAUUUAUCCUAGCUUCCUUUGGGCAGUGUUGGAGGUUGUAUAGUAGAAUGUAGGCUUCAAAAUCACAACAUCCCAUUUUUAAUUUUUCUCCUAUAAGUUGGAUGAAUCUAUACACAGACCUUUGUCAGCUCUCAGCUGACGUGUUUUCCAAGAACCAGUCCAAAGAUACCAUGCUCCAUUCCUUAAGCAAAGAAGUUAUAAGGGACCACCAGCUUCAAGUACAGUGGGGCCAGUCCUCCUAAACGUCUGCUGUAGAGCACAGACAGUACCUUCUGUUCUCCUUGUGAGGAGAGUGCAAGUUAUACUUCUUGAUGGCACAACCAAGCAACGUUUCAGCAAUUCCAGGGCCAGAAUGUCAUGGAACAACUCUGGGAAACAAAACCAAAUGUUACAGUUGUUGCACAAGGCAAAUCCCUGACGGAGGGUCAUGCUAGUUCAGUGAAGACAUUCUUUGCAGAUACUGAUUUAGGCACUUAGCACUGUCAGCAUGUACUGUAACAGUAGUUACCAGGUGCAUCCUUGCAAUCUGAAAUUAGAUACAGAGCAGCAGAUGGUACAGACUGCAGCAUUCAUGGAAUGGCAUCAUGAGAACUGAGUUUUCUCCUUGCUCAGUUUUCAGUGGCCUCUUGUUGCUUCAUAUCUUCAUGCCACUUUUGCCUAUGCAGGACAGGUGGAUUUUGAGAUCCACAGAACUUUGAUAUGUUGAGAUAGGAGCAGGGUGCAUCUGUCCUGUGCUAUUGCCUGAACACUGAUGUCACCUUGAAGUCCUGUCACCUGCAGGAUCCCACAGACCUCUGUCAACAUGAGUAAUCCCUAAUUUUAAGAUGAAAACCCUUCAUAUUUAGGCUGUUGGUAACAGCAGCGGCCGUGAAUCUAGCCUGAAUACAAACAUUUCACCUGGAACUUUUCUAUCUCUGCAGAGCAUAUGUAUUAAGCUUAAUGUAAUGCCUAUAAUUUGUUGAAGGACUAUGUAUAUUCCUGAGGUAAACAGAUUUUGGAAAGUUUGCUAAAACUGGUCACCUAGUCAGAAAAAAAAAACCAAAAAACAACUACAUUGCAAGAACUCCUUUGUCCUCUCAAUUUACAAAGCCCCAUUCAGAUAUGAUGCCGUCCAGCAUUCAGUCUAACAGUGCAAUGACUAUAAUGUUGAACAGAAAAGGUGAAACUGCAGAAAAGUGGAAAAUUGAUCUUUUUUUUCUCUUCCAAUAAUUUCAACAUAUCCCUUGAUAUUCAGGCGUGAAAUCAAUUGGGAGAAACAAUUAAAACAAGCAGUAUGCAUUCCCAGCACAGGCAGGCAUGUAUUCAAGCAAAAAGAAUUCCAGUUUUGUUUUUGUUUUUAAAGCAUGUUGGUUAUAUGAAAAAGGGUUUUAAUAAGAGGAAUCUACAUAUUCAUCCUCUAAUUGUCUUUUUUGCCUUCCAAGCAUCCUAAAUACAAGAAGCUGAGGAAGUGACAGGGAGAACUGAGGCAGCCAAAAUACCAUCCUCUCUCUUCUGACAUCAAAGAGCGAAGGGGAUGCGGGCACUCUUGGAGCACUACAUCUUCGGAACAGCAUCUGCCUACUGAAGAAAUUUAUGGGCUACUAGAAAGCCAUAUUCCAAGUCAGGCAAAAUACUUCCACUCUGGUACUUGUGAACAAACUUGGAAGUAAAACAGCAAUAGCCCAGCCAGCCUUUAAAAAUUCCUUCUCCCAGUGGAGAGGAAUAGCGUGGCUUUCUGGCUUUAUGUCUUUGCUGUAUCUACUGUGGGGAUGUAUCAGUGCUGUCAAGCAGUGCUAAUUCAUUCCCUUUGUGAAAUCAUUUCUCCAAGAUAAUGAAUUAAGACAAAGAAAAGUCAUGAGCACAACCUCUCUUCUCAAACUCCUGGUUCAGGUCUCCAGCUCGCGCUGCCUCUGAAGGACAAGAGAAAACCAAGAAUCUUAAAAUCUUGUAGUUUGUAUACCACAAAGUACCAGCAGUGGAUGUGGUCCAUAAGGACUAGUAGAGUAGAUUGCUCCAAUUGCAAGUGAAAUAGAAGCACUUUCAACUACAGUGCAUUCCCAUUGUGCAUUUCUAAAAUGUUUUAUGGCUGGAGGACAUGAGUCUUACUGUCACAGUUUCACCUGUAACAAUUCUCCUGAGUCCUACCUGGUGGGGACUGACUGCUAACAGCUGUUGCUCAUAGAGCAUCAGCAGCUGAUUUGGGGCAGGCCUGUGUAGAAGAAGGGACUCUGAGCCAUGUGUGUGUGGAUGAAAGGUGAUGGCUAUAUGCACUCAUUGAAGUCAGCUGGUACUACAAGCACUGACAAAGCACCUCUCGGAGCCUGCUUCAGUGGUGUAGGAAUCUUUGCAAGCCUCUUCCUGAUAAAAGGACCUAACUGUUGGAUGGCCUAGGCAGAUGAGAUGUUUUCACGUAGAUAGAGAUGAACAGAGAGGCAGGUGUGAGCUGGGGCCUGGCAGCCUAGGCACAUCGAGCUGCAGCAGGAUGGCCUCGCUGGAGAGAAGGCAGCGGCCGAGGAGGCAGCGGCGAGGGGGGCGGUGCGCAGAGGGCCUGGGCGGAGAUGCUCUGAAAAUGAUGGAUUCUGUUAAAAGCUUGGACUGUAUAGAAAAGCUGGCACAUAAAUACAUGCAGAAGUGUGUGGUGGAGUCAAGCACGGAGUCAGAGUCUGAAUCCAGCGUGGAGGUCUUGCAUAACCCACUUGCUGAAGGACUCAGGAAGGCAAGAGACUCCAAGGGACUGCAAUUCUCAGAUCCUUAUGAUGGUGAUUCAGAAGACACAUCCACUCACUCUGAUUGUAGCUUGAGUUCUCUAAACAGUAUAGAAAUUGCACCGUGGAUGAGCAGUGGUCCAAAAGCAAUGGCUUUGGAGGAUGCUGAUGCUUCAGGGAAUGGAGAGUCCUUCCCUCAACCUCUGGCUUGGCUCUGCUCAGAAACUAAAAUCAGUGAUGUUCACAGCCAGAGAGUAAAUGAUGGUAAAUCUCCCCUUGAACUUUCUAGCCAGCAGAAGGAUUUCCCAAGAAGCCUGCUGCAAUCCUCUAAGCUGAGGAGAGACACAGAAGCACUUCCCUCCACAUGGCUGAUGCCUGACCCUUCCUUACUGAUGGGUGUUAAUCCUUCAGCCCCCGCUCAUCUCCUUGCAAGUGCAGGUGAUAGUUCUCCACAACCCCUGCAAGCAGAUGACUGUGAUGGUACCACUUCCAGACAACCACUUAUUAAAAGAAAAGGGAUCACCAUUUUAGAGAGCGCUGGUGAAAAACUACGAAGAAAGAAAAUCCGUGCCAUUUGAUUUAAGGUAUGAAUUAAGUAGUUGGAUGAAGUGUUUCAUUCUAGCAGUCAACCUGCUAGGUUUCUUUUGCAGACAGCACCUGAACAAGCUUCAGAUGAUGAUACAAACACAGCUGCACUGUGUGCUGCAGGCACUGAGAUCCAUCUUGAGAGGAUGGAACCAAUUAAGCAAGCUUGUGUGGCAAUUUAAAUGAGAAUUAGAUGAGCUUUUUCCAGACUCAGCUGUGAUUGAUGCCUGUGUGCUACUUCAGUGUCUGGGCACCAGAUUUCUGUGUGCUGUGUCUGGAAGCAUCCGUUCAGCUUUGCAAGUAUUACAAGGGUAUGUUGAGGAGGGAAGAAAGAACGACUGAAUUGCAAUUGAUUUGACAUAGCUAUUGCUCUUUGUUUUUCCCAUCUGCUGUAUGGCAGGAAGGAAGUAGCUGUAUGGUGAACGAGCCUCCAGGUUUGGCUACACACACUGUAUUGCACUGAGCUGAAUUGUGUGUAUCUGAAGGCAAUCUAGUUUUUUUCCUUUUAUCACAGCAAAGUUGAUUUGUGCUGUUAAUGUACUUGUCCCUACCUCUUUGCACAUUACUUUAGGUAUAUAUUGUAUAUAUUCUCACUAUGCCUGCCAGUUUAGAACUUACAGUGCAAAGCUGAACCCAUUAACUGGAACUAAUCUUCCUUUCUAAGAACCGUGACUUUAUAUUGCUGCAGAAGUGCUGGAUGCAGAUAGGAGGUCAGCCAGCAACAGUUCUCUGAUCUCUCUCCUUGAUGAUAACCUUUCUGUAUCUUCCUUUCCACAUAAAUAGACUAUAUCCACAGAAGUAUAAUUGUCUGAAAUACGUUGGUACCAACUAGCUGUGAAAGCAUUCAUUCUGUAUGACUGGCACAGAAUAACAUACAGACUUUCUUAAAAAUACUAAUAAAGAGGGAAAACCCCUUGCAAGCUAGAAGCUUAGUAGUAUUUUACCAUUCCACUACCCGAAACAACUACUUUGCACAUGCAUCUCUGAUCACUUCUUGACCUAAAGAAAAAUGAAAUGGGAGCCUUCAGCCACCAUAAAAGCAGCUUAAGAGGAAUGCCUCUUUUUUUUUUUUUUCUGCUAGCCUCCCUGACAGGAAUGUUUUUAUUAAGACAGCACAGCUUCUGAAUGCAUCCCAGUAGCGCUGUAAAACCAGAGCCAAUUUAAAAGUAAUUCACUUGUUAUCAGGCUUCGUAACAGAUGACAUCAGGCCUUGUGUCUUAGUGCAUCAGAGACUUGUCUUUCAGUGGUCUUGUUUCUAUGCUUUAGUUACAGAAUUAGCUGAGGGAACCCUAUGAAGAUCAGCAGUAUACCUGAAUACCAGGUUAUUAAUUGUUAUUCUCUGGAAAGACUGUAGAUACAAUUUUUCAGAUGAAAGUCACCAUAAUAAUUCCAGGCAGUCAGAAAUCUUGCUAUAAGUUUUAUUUCCUGUAAUAUUACCAGCAAAUCUGUUCGUCAGUAACCAUCUAAAAAUCUCAUUCGGUAUUCCUUCAAACAAAUCUAGUCCAGCAGCUUUCAAAUUACUGCUCCCCCCUUCUUCCAAUUCAACUUCACACAAAACCACCUGACAACCUAACCACAUCAACUACAACAUCUAGGUGAGG